UUAUGUUACUGACGUUACACUGGGGUAAAAGGAAUUAUGUUCUCUAUAUGUAAUCUAUACAUGACUCCAUUAAUCCAGUUUUUACAUGACUGGGCUUACAUCACAAAUUACUCCUGUGCCCUAUUUUAAUCAAAAAUUACUUUGUGACAGAAAAUUGUAUAUGAGUCUAAUUUUCAUGUUCACAACAGUGGCAAGCUAGUGGCGAUACGUAAUUGAUAGCAACCCGACUGUUUUCCAGCAUGUUUAGGGUCAACGCUUGCGUUGUCUGUCUGAUGUUGAUGACAUGGCUGCAGGGUCCCGUUACUACGGCCUGCGGUUGUACUGAGUCAGUGCCUGUUAAUAAUUAACCUGUGUUUGUUGGUCAGAGCUCUGCUCACAGUCUUUAGUUACCUCUCUCUGCCUCCCAACACCCUUUAUGUAAAGAUAUCCUAUACAGUAACUUAAAGCUAUACUCAGCAAUAUGACAUCAUUAUGCACUGCGGGUCAGAUUUCUGCUUACAGAAACAGCAGCAAUGCAAAUUAGGAAGAUACAAAAGUGGCAGUCUUGAUCAAUCUGAAUUCUGUUGUUGUUUAUGUAUGUAUGUUAAGCGGGAAGAUGCCCCAAUAUGUGCGAUGAUGUCAUAUUGCUGAGUCUCCAUUUGAAGGGUCAGAUUUGAAAUACCUCCUGCUUUACAGUGUGUACCAGAGAGACAGAGGGGGCAUUAAACGAUUGCUGCAGGUGGGCAAAGUGUAGCUAAUUGUCUAUGUGUGACUAACUGGGUUGAAACCUUGGUCAUCUGCAUGCCACAACAUCGUUAACCAGCUGAGCUAAAGCCUGGGCAUUAGCUAAAGCCUCGACUAGCUACCGCAAGUCUUCAGGUGUCAGGGAAGCGUACUCACCACAUGAACAUGGAGCCACCUCUAUGACACAUGAACACUAAGACGAGAAGUGAGAUGGUGAUUUAGAUGUACCCAGGGCUGCAGAAUGGAGAUAACGUUUCCUCAGCUUGUAAAGACCAUCUAUAAUUCAGCCUUCGAGGCUGUGCUUUUCCUGAAGAGGCUGGAUGUGCCGGAAGUGAAUCAGUGACAGAACAGCAAAGAGUAAAGGGAAGAGAAGGAGAGGAGAGAGAGAGGGAGAGAGAGAGAGAGAUCUGUGUGCACAGAGUAGAGUUGUCAACUUAUUCUGGGAUACCUUUCAAGUGAAGUGGUCUAAAGAAAUAAAUUAUAGGAAGUGAAGCAGGAAGGACCCAUACAGAGGACAUGUUUGGACUAACAGGAUCAAACCAGACAGAAUCUCUUCUCCUGCUUGUUACUGUUGUGGUGAUUGGUGAUUGCAUUUCUAGCUCAAGAGGCUGCCAGUGAAUCACAGGGCUGCCCUCUCAGACACAACUGACUGCUCUGGGAGAAAGCCCUCAGCAUUCUCUGAGGGUUGGCAACCCUGGUUGGGAGUGACAGAAGAACAAAGCGUAAAGGAGGAAGAGAGGAGGGGGUAGGAAAAUAGAGAGAGAGAUCGACAAAUCAUGGAGGAGGUUAAGAGACGUCCGAUAAUCGCUGGCAGAGAGAAAGGGCCAGGCCCCGGUCGCUAUGCUCUCCCUACAACCAUUGGCUACAUCAAUCAUGACCUCACCAAGCCCAGUAGCCCCGCCUACUCCUUCCACAGACGUAUGAGCAGCAACAUGUUCUCUGUGGAUUCCAGUCCAGGACCCCAGUACCACAUCGAUGCCAAGAUGACCCGGUUCGGCCGCGUCGGUACCCCUUCUUACUCCAUGCUAGGCAGGGCAAGACGCGCCGCUGAACUCUUCCAGACUCCAGGUCCAGGUGCCUACAGCCCAGAGAAAGCUCCGCCCCUAAACGCUCAUCUCAGACCUCCCUCCUACACUAUUGGCUCUCGGACACGCUACCGUAUAGUGGAUUCUGUGCCCGCCCCUAACAGGUACACCCUCCCUAACCUGCUGGGUUCUCAGGUGCCCCACAAGCCGUCCAGUGCCAGCUACAGCUUGGUGGGGCGCAGACAGGUUGGUGCUCCAUCAGAAGACCUGUCCAUGACCCCUGGACCAGGACGCUACAACAGAACUGAUCCCAGUGUCUACCUCACACGACAGCCCUCCUUCUCUAUGCAGAGCCGGACCACCCGGCCGAGUGAUCAGUCUCAGAAGCCUGGGCCAGGGACCCACAGCCCGGAGAAGGUCCUGCUCCAUCUCCCCAGACCUCCUGCCUUCUCCCUGGGCAUCAGACACUCGGAGUUCGUCACUCCUCUGGUGGUGGUUGUUUCCGACUGAUGUUUAU